AAACGUAGAAUCACGAUUUGCUGUUUUAUUAUUUCGUUGUGUGUUGAGAGAGUAAAUUACGCCAAUAAUAAUAAGCAGACGCUUCUAAGCUAAAAUUAAAUUCAAACUGCAUGAUAUGAAGAUUAGUACGACUCAAAUUUGCAAAUAAACUAUUUCUUGGCAGCCAAAAUAACAAUUUCAUUUAAAAAGAGAGACAAACAAAAGGAAUGAUUAUAACAAUAAAGAAAUUGCCACAAAAGCAACAACUGCAUCACUAAACUAAAUCGCCAGCGCCGACGACGACGUAAAAAAGCAACGAGAACAACUACAUCGGUGAAGAUACCACCACCACCGCUAUUACCAUUCCACCAUCUCCACCACCACCACCAUACCAUUCGACCACCACAAUCACAAAACAACAACUGAAAUGGUGAGGGACUGACAACAGGCAUAGAAUUUGUACGUAGUGGCUCGUUCUGGUAGAAACAGCAGUCAAAACCUCUCUCAACUCUUUAAAAUGCGAAGGACACAUUAAACAGUGUAGACGUAGAUAACCCCCAAAAAAUUAAAAAACAGACGGGGCGGAAUGCUUUCGAUUCCGAGUUUACUCAGUCAUGGUUAGCCUGGGGCUAAACAACAACAACAACGGACUCUCGGUCACGUGGUUCGCCAUAGUGUUGUCUACCUUUUUUGUGGUGAGAGUUCCACAGUGAAGAUGGCGAGCCGUGGCAAUGUGGAUGUAAACGAAAGACGUUUGCGAACCAUUUACGAAUGUUUGGAUCUUGGCAACAACAAGAAGGCAGUACAAGAAGCUGAUAAGCUGCUCAAAAAACAGAGAGAUAACCAAUGCGCAAAGGUAUUAAAGGCACUGGCACUGCUCCAUCUUGGCCGGGAUGAUGAAAGUUCCUGUAUAUUACAAGAAGUUCACUCUCUGCAGCCGACAGACGAAGCCACACUUCAAGGCAUGUUGAUUUGUUAUCGAGAGACUCACCAAUUUGAUCUGAUUGCCAACAUGUACGAGAAUGCAUACAGAGCCCGGCCAGACAGUGAAGAGAUUCUAUCUGCCCUGUUCAUGUCUUACGUCCGUCUAGGAUAUUACAAGAAACAGCAUCAAACAGCAAUGCUCCUUCACAAGUUGAAGCCCACCAAGAACCCUUAUUACUUCUGGGCAGUGAUGAGUAUUGUCAUGCAGGCCCACACAGCUGAAGACAGACAACAGGCCAAGUCACUCUAUCUUCCUCUGGCAGAACGGAUGACUUUAAAGUAUAUCAAAGAAGACAAAAUUGAAGCUGAAGCAGAGAUUCACCUUUAUCUGAUUAUAUUGAAAGAAUUGGAGAAGUGGCAGGAAGCUAUAGAUUUGUUGCAGGGACCACUUGGAGAAAAAUUCACAAGUGAGAUUGAUUUUCGGAAAAAGGAAAUUGCAAGUUUGUAUUGUAAAUUAAAAGAAUGGUCCAAAGCCAACGUAGCCUACCAAGCCUUGUUACAAGAGAACCCAGAUGAUUGGAGCUUCUGGAGUCAGUAUUUAACGUGUGUCACAGAACUUGUCAAGUGUAAAAAAGACAGCAACGAAGAAGACCACAGUGAGUCGUCUGCUCAUUGCACAAUAGAAAAAGCCGUCUUGUUUAUUGAGAAACUUGCUGAUGAAAAUCGAGAGAUUGAACGGCCUCUCAGAGGUCCCUACCUCGCUCGCUUACAUCUCCUCAAGAUGUUUUACAAUGAUAACAACGAUUACUCAGAUAUUAUUGGUAAACCAGCAGACUUACUGAAGCAGUAUUUUAGUAUGUUCGGUGAUAAGGCGCGAUGUUUCGGUGACAUGCGUGAAUAUAUAACAAUGUUGGGUGAUAAGGACAAAAGUCAGUUUUUGACUUCAAUCAACGAAGAUUUACGUUUAAACAUGGGUGAUAACUCACAGGAAUUUCCUCAAACUGUGAAAGCAAUGCAACAACACAUGACCUGUCUACGUCUAGAGCGGAGUCUAGGUAACUAUGAACACAUGCCGACCGAAGACAGGAUGUCACAGGUGAAAGAUCUCCUCAAAUUUUAUAAACAUGGUCUCACACUCGGUAAAGAUCUUCUGGCCACUGAUAUUCAGUAUGCAGACACCUAUCUUCUUCUUGCAAUGCAUCUGUUGUUGGACAUUUAUAACCAAACAGGUGAUACAGGUGUGUUAUGGCAGAUCAUAGCUCAGCUGGAGAAAGGACUCAAGAAUUCCCCGUCAAAUUUCCAGAUCAAAUUACUCUUGAUACGACUCUAUUGCACGGUUGGUGCAUUUGGUCCCUGUACAGAUAUUUAUGAUAGCAUGGAGGCUAAACAUAUAAUUAACGAUACUUUAGGUUAUGUUGUUGCCAACCAUGUUAAUCGGUUGGGACAUUUCCUCUCAGCACACAUGAUGUACAACACCAUGCUUCGAUUCUUCUCUGUCAACCAUAAAGAGAUCACAGAAUACCUCAUCCCUUCGUAUAAGUAUGGAACAUUUAUUAAGAUCCAUGAAUUUGUCCAGUUCCGAGAGCGACUUCAGAAUUCCUUGCAGUACGCUUCAGCCAUCGAAGAGAGUUUGUUAUUAGACUUGGUGCUGGAGACCUGCAACCACAACAGUACAGAAAUGAUGUUAACGAAUAUGGCAAUUGAUCCAGACGUUGAUCGGACGAAAGGAGAGAAAGAUUUACAGGACAACAGAGAUUUCACAUUACUUAGUAAUUGGGACCCUCCAGAUGGACAGACAUUGAAAGAACUACAAGAGAAGUCUUUUAUGGAGGAGAAAGCCUGGCUGAAGUUACACAGUUACCUGCUGCGUACGUUGAUAGCAGCGAUCUACUUGGGUCGUCAGCCUGACAGUAGUGCUACCACUACACAGAAUGGUACCAGUGCUGUUAGUAAGAGACCAAUGGUGCAUGUUUUGAGAGACCUUAAGCAAUUAUUUCAACAACAUGUCAUCGACUGUAAACAUUACAAACUACCCAUCAAGUACACCAUCCAUGGACCCUAUCCGACACGGAUAUCUUCGUAUCUCCUACAAAACCAUCACCAAGUAUUCCUGCUAAUGGUCGAGCAUGUUCUUUAUAUUCACCUCUUGUACGAGAACGGUUUCGACAAAGCAGAUGAAGAGGAAGAAAAAAGAAUUCAGACAACUGUAGUAUCUCUCGUUGAUGGUCUGGUGUCUAAGCACAAAUGUAGUUUAAUCAGUGAAGAGAAUGGUAAGAAAACAUGGAACCUUACUUUACUGGAAAAUCUUGUGCUUUUAGCUGAGACCAUCUCACAUAUUACCAUUCUGGCAGCUGUCUGCCAUCGUAUAUUGAAACCCAUGAAGACAUCUUGGGUGAAGAAGAACAAAAAGAAGAAAGAAUUAAAUAUACCCCAGCCGAAGACUUUUGAAAAUUUCAACAACCUAACAGCAAGCCUGGAAAAGUCAACACAUGAACUCCAUAAAGCUGUCACAGAUAUUAAUCCAGUGUUUAAGUUAUUGAAUUUACAUCAUCUCAACUUGACUGAGAGUAUCUCUUCGGAAGAGGAGGACGUUGCCAUGGAGAUGAUGAUGUGGAAGAGAGUUGAAGAGAGCUAUCAACAGUCUGCUCACCAAGUCACGGACCUUUUACAUCACAAGCUGGAGUACCUCAGUUCUCUGCAUCUCUGAAGACCCCACCACCACCUCCAGCCAAACACCACCACCACCACCUUCCUCUACAAUUGCCAUCACCACCACCACCACCACUUCCUGUAACAGUUGCCAUGCAGUGGAGAGAAACCACAUCCCCUCCGCCCACCCAGCUCACUCUCUGAUUGCAUCUCCUCACACCCUCACUCUCAAACCACUACCGCCCCUACCGCUAUUGUGUCCACUCUGGCAGCAGCCGUUUGUGUGUGUGUGCAGUGGAUCUUAAGGGUUGUUUGGAGUCUCGUUCCUCUUUUUAUUCCCCCCUCCCUCCACCUCACCUCUCUCUCUCUCUUUCUUUCUCCCUCUUUCUGUCUCCCCCUCACCCCUCUCACAUCCACUCACACACUGAUUCAGAAAUGGAUUUUUUCUUUUUUUUCUUUUUUUUCCUUAUUUAACUUAAAUCUGCUGAAAAUGAUAAGUGGGGUGGUGGUAGUGAAGGGUGGGUGGGAUUUAAUGGGAGGAGGAGGGAUGGAGAGAAUUCCAGCAUGGCCAGUACUCUCGAUGGGUUGAAGCAACUAAAGAACUGACUCACUAACACACCCACCCACACCCCUUAUGUAAUUUCUAGAAAUCAAGACUUGUCAGAUAAAUUGGAAGGUCGUGGGUUCAAAUUCUCUCUGUUGUUGUUUUUCUGGGCUCAGUAUUCUGUCAUCUCGUAACAACCCCUUUUCUUUGACCGCAGUUUUAGGUCCACAUAUCAGCCUACAACAAUCAAAUGUCCUUCUAAAUUUUAUUGGUCCAAUCUAUGGAUGUUAAACGAUGAUGAUGAUGAGACUGUCUAAACCUGGGUCCCAGCGAUGUUGAUCUCGCCAUUCUUUGGGUGCAGUCUGUGAUGGCGCUGCUUAAGAAUCGGCUGAAGGUAUUUGUCCCUCUUUUUGCUCUUUAUUUCUGUGCUUCUUACUCAAUAGGAACUGGAAGUGGUUAAGAAGAAAACCUUCAGCUCUGGCCUCAGUCCACUUGGCUGACGGAGCAUAGCUUAGCAACCUGUGCUUGUGGUGGUCAAAGAGAUUUGUCUCCUCAUCGAAGACCCACAGUCAUCGGACAAAAUGAACAACAUUGAGACUCUGGCUGGAGAGUUCUUGCUGGACCAUCCCUGUGGAGUCAUUGCACAGUUUGUGGGUUGUGUGGCUUAUGCCAUAGUCCACCUGGCUGUCAAUAGGCACCAUGGCUAUAAGAAAGGUAGAGAUCUGCAAUAUAUCAGCGCACUGAUUCUGCUUUUGCUGUUCCCCCUGGGGGGAGGCAUCCGGCUCCAGUACUCAAAACAGUUGAGCCCUCGUAUUUCUCCUUUUUCCCUUCCAUCCCAGUUUAAACAUCGGGAAACUGGUUCAGGAAGGUCGUAAUCUUAACAUGGCAGACACUAGAAAGCUUGGAUGGGGUGGGUGGGAGUAGAGCAGCCUGUGACUCUGUGGUUUUGAGUUCUAAUUUCAUGAGAAAAGAAAUGAUAACCAGUGUGUCCUUUGGUGAAGUGGGGGUGCCUUUGCUGUAUGUUUAUAUCUGUCUAAUUGUGGGGCUACCAUUUAAGCACCUCCUCCUUCUCCCCUCUUGUCUACUUAUGAGACUACCAUUUAAGCAUCUCCCUCUCCUCCCCUUCAUAUAACAUAUCCAGUUUUGUGGUCGGGGGUGGACAGUGGUCUCUUUUCACUUCAUCCACUUAUCCACACACGUGCACAUCAUCACACACUCCACAGCCUUAUGCACACAUUCACUCACAUAGCCCUGUGGACGCAUUGUCUCAUAUAUAUACACACACACACACCAAUGCAGCCCUGAACACACACACACACACACUUUGUUGUGUAUGUCUACACAUGUAUAUAGUGUGUUGUGGUAGGUGGUGUAGUGCAGCAAAAACAAGAGACAGGAUCCAGUUUCAAUUCUUAACAGGAACAACAUUAAUUUUUCUCAUUUUUUGGAGGAAUUGUAAAGAAUCAAUAACAUCUGAGGUGGGUGGUUGUAGGUGUGGCCUGUGUGUGUGUGGAGAGAGAGAGAAACGAAGAGGAGGAAGAGGUAGAUGAGGUGUUUGCGGAUCAAAGAACUUUAAGAUUGCAAUAAAUGGCGUCUGUGUGUCUCUUGUGUGAAAUAGAACAAAGCAGAAUGAAUUAGGGAGGGAGGGGGGAAGCAAAGGAAAAGAUCUUUAAUUGCGUAAGUUAACGAGUUUGGAGGAAUGUUUUAAUAAUAAAAAUUUUAAAAAAAAGACUCAAAACACUAAAAAAAAAAUUCCAUAAUAU